AUGCUUUCUCUCUUGAUCUCGGCCCUCCAGACUCAAGCCAAUGAGCAUCCAUUUCGCUCUAUCAUCGUUGUCCUUCUACUGCUACCUCUGACUUACUUCUUGACCAACGAGUUUGUGCGAAGGAAGGCAAGAUUGUCAGGCUUCGACGGGCCACCAGGAAAGCCGGUUGUCGGCAACAUCCCUGAUAUCAAGUACAACGCCGCAGAGAAGUAUCGAGAAUGGUCAAAGAUCUACGGCGACGUGUAUCAAAUCCAACUCGGGAACAUACCAGUACUUGUAGUAUGCAGUGCAGAGGCUGCUCGCGGCCUUUUUGGACAGUUCUCACAAGCCCUGAGCUCGAGACCGGUCUUCUACACUUUUCACAAAGUACUUUCGAACACUGCAGGAACAACUAUUGGAACCUCGCCAUUCAGCGAGAGUCUCAAACGUCGUCGUAAGGGUGCCGCAUCUGCAUUGAACAAGCCUUCAGUUGCCAGCUAUAUCAAUCACCUGGAUGUCGAGACUCUAGCGUUUGUCAAAGAAGGUCUCGAAUACGGAGCUGCUGGUGACGAGUCGGUGGACCCAAUGCCUAUGAUCCAGCGUUUGAGUCUGAGUCUGGCUCUGACAUUGAAUUGGGGUACCCGGAUGGGAAGUAGAAAUGACCCUCUAUUCCAUGAGAUCACCGAGGUUGAAGAGGAGAUCUCCAAGUUCCGAAGCACUACCGGAAACCUGCAAGAUUAUAUACCAUUCCUCCGUCUGAACCCAUUCAGUGUCGGAUCCAAACGAGCAAGAGAGAUGAGACAACGCCGAGAUGUAUAUCUGACCAAACUGAACAAAGACCUUGACGAUCGCAUGGAGAAAGGUACACACAAACCGUGUAUUCAGGCCAAGAUUAUUCAGGACAAGGAAGCCAAGCUCAACAAAGAGGAGCUCACAAGCAUUAGCUUGACCAUGCUCAGCGGAGGACUAGACACAGUCACGACGUUGGUUGCAUGGAGCAUUGCGCUCCUCGGACAAAGGCCAGACAUACAAGAGAAGGCGGUACGAGAGAUACGGAAAAUGUACAGCGAAGAGGAGAUUCUCUGCGACCCGGAAGACGAGAUGAAGUGUGAAUACGUGAUGGCUCUGGUCAAGGAGUGCCUGAGAUACUACACAGUUCUACGUCUAGCUCUUCCACGCGCUACGGUCAAGGACAUCACGUACCAAGGCAAACUGAUCCCAGCAGGAACCACGAUAUACUUGAAUGCGUGGGCAUGCAACAUGGACCCCAAAGUGUGGAAACAGCCGGACGAGUUCAUGCCCGAAAGAUGGCUCGAGCAGCCAGAUGCUCCAUUGUUCACGUAUGGAGUUGGCUAUCGAAUGUGUGCGGGAAGCUUGCUGGCGAACCGAGAACUAUAUCUCGUUUUUAUGAGGAUGUUAAGUUGCUUCGAGAUUGAGAAGGGGACAGAGAUAGAAACGCAUCCAGUCAAGGGGAGUUCUGAUGCGACAAGUCUGGUCACGUUGCCGCAUCGUUACGAGGUCAGAUUCAGGCCAAGAAACGUAGCAAAGUUGAGAGAGCAUGUGCAAGCGAGGGAGAAGGAGCUGGGCGAAUGCUGA